GAAAUCGCAUUGGUUUUAAUCGCCUGCACAGCGUCUGCUGUGUUUGCAGCACCACAAGCACAGGGUGAGCCAAUUGCCAUUAUUAGUCAGGAAUCGAAUAUUGAACCGGAUGGUUCAUACAAUUACAACUAUGAAACCGCCAACGGCAUUAAGGGCGAGGAGACUGGCACACUAAAGAAGGCCACCUCACCGGAUACCAGUGAUGUGAUUAUCGCGCGUGGCUCUGUUAGCUACACAUCACCCGAAGGUAACCUAAUUACGCUCAACUAUGCUGCAGAUGAUGAGAAUGGCUUCCAGCCUCAAGGCGAGCAUCUGCCUACGCCACCACCAAUUCCACCAGCAAUCCAAAAGGCACUCGACUACUUGCUCAGCUUGCCGCCAGCGAAGCGUCGUUAAGCAUUUAGCUCGUAAGAGAGGGGUGGACAGAUAGCUGUUAAGGAAGGUGAUGCCUUCUUUUAUGCACAGAAGUAAUGUGACAAUGCAACAAUUGUAUAAAUUCUUUUCUCCUAAAAUCUCUAUCGAUAUAUUUUUUUUUUUUGUUGAGAGAAUCCCUAAAAAAUAUUGCUGUACUGUACAACAAAGCUUAAGUAACUAUUUAGCCAACCUAAAACAUAUGGACGAAUGUGGACACGCUGCUCAUAAACUAUAAAUGAAACUAUCGCUAAAACUCACACACACACACACACACACAGGCACACAAUCCAAACAAGGAAAGGAAAUUUUUGCUAGCAUUAGUGAGUUGAAGUGCAAAUGUAUGUAAAUAAAUGAAGAAAGAAAUGAAAACUACUAAGUACACUGACUGAAUGAACCGUUAAAUGUUAUAAACAAAAAUGUAUAAGAAAAAAUGCAAAAAAAAAAAAA